UCGGGGCUGAACGGGGCAGAGACUCCUCCUUCUAAUCUGAGUCUAAACACAGAGUCACAGCUUCUUUCCUCUUUCUACUCACAGAGACUCAACACUGCAGAUAUGAAGCCUCUGUUCAUCUCACUGCUGCUGGCUGCUCUGUGUCCUGAAGGCAGAGCACAACAAGACAUGGUGCAGCAACCAGGAGGAGACGUGACUGCGACUGGAGGAGAAGCAGCAACACUUGGUUGUCGAUACGUCAGCAGCUCAACAAGUGUGUCUCUCCUCUGGUACAAACAGGAAGGAACCAACAACCCAACAUUCAUCCUGAUCCGCUUUCAAGUGGGAGAAGGAAACACAGCAGACGACUUCAGAGAGAGAUUUUCAUCCACACUGAAUUCCACCUCGAGAUCUUCUCCUCUGAAGAUCCAGAAGCUGCAGCUGUCUGACUCUGCUGUGUACUACUGUGCUCUGCAGCCCACAGUGACAGGAAACUACACAACUCUGUACAAUAACCUGUGGAGCAAAGACACAACUCCUCAUCCUCCACUAGAGGGAGUCACUCACUCAAUCAGCUGUGAAGAACUCACACCGGUCCACAAUGAAGAGUUCAGUGCAGAAGGCAGCUCUGUUACUCUGUCCUAUAACUCCUCCAAAGUGAACCCAGGGGAUUAUUUCUUCUGGUAUCGACAGAAUCCAGGACAAGCACCAGAGUUCCUCCUCUCACACUCUGCUUCAGGAGAAGAAGCUGCUCCAACCUCUGGACUGAAGAUCCAAGUGGAGCAGAACCAAAUCCACAUGAUCAUCUCCUCUGCUGCAGUGACAGACUCUGCUGUGUACUACUGUGCUGUGAGGCCCACAGUGACAGGAAACUACACAACUCUGUACAAAAACUCCAGCUGCCAGAAGCCUCCUCUUCUCACUGCUCACCUAAGAUUCUUCCCUCCACUAGAGGGCGAUAUAAGUCAGUAG